UCUCUCAGGGCUCCCUGUGUGUGAAAAAGUGCAGAACACAACACUUUUACUGUUGUUGGGGCCCAGUCCAAACUUCUUCAAAGACUCCCUGAACUAUUUGGAAUACACAAAUGCUUCCAGCUACGAGUAGCUGCAGCACCAGCAGAGCUGAACUGCAGUCAGGACCAGAAGAUGUUUGUCACUAUCCUGUUUGGAGAUGGCAAGAUGGAAAUGUUCAACCUCAACUGCAAGCUGAUAAACUUCAUCCAUCAUCUAAAGCAGAGGUGCAGUCUGGACUUCAAAGAGUGUGUGGACCUGAUGGACAGCAGCGGUAAAGUGAUGAACCUGGAGGCGAGGCAGUACAGCGUGGCUCUAGCCAGCAGCGUUCUGGUACAGAGACAGUAUUACGUCCUCCUGAAAGUCUGCAGAGAUGACGCUGAAGGACGGACGUAUGUCUCUCUCCUAAACAACUAUAGCCAGAGUCACCCUAAGUUAGCAGAGCUGCUGAGGAAACUGUCAGACCAACUCAAGGAUCCAGACAGAAAAACCAGAAGAGGAAGGUUGCAGAGCAGCAAAAACAUCUCUGCAAAGAGAUGAGUCACCAAAUCAAACAGUUUCUCCUUUAAAGUCUGAUUUCUCGCCAUUUCCUGACAUAUUUACAUAGAACAGAUGAAUUAUGUGUUAAAUUAGCAGACAUAUGUUUUCUAUUUUAGCAAGCUGUACAGUCAAAUGAAUUGUGUUUUAUUCGAAGAUGGUUGAAAAUGUCUUAUAUGGAGUUAAUGUAUGAAUGAUUAAAAAGGAUGUAUCAUCUUCUUUAUUCUGUUCGUAGCCUUUAAGUUGCAUGAACAAAAAUAACUGCUUCAACCACAAACUUUGAAAACACUCACUUUAAACAUUUCAAGUAUGAUACAAAGAUAACACAAAGUGUUUCCACACAAAGUGAUAUCACAAAUCAAUCACUGAUCAAACACAACUAUGGCCUGAAGAUAUAAAGUAUGGUUCUGAUUUAAUCUAGUAGACAGCCGUUACUUUUUUUUUCAGUAACAGAAGUAGUAAAAUAAAUGAAAAAUGAGUACAACGUGCAUUGACUUCAAACUCUUGUACAGUCUUUAAGGAUAACUUUAGUUUGCUCUUGUAAGAAUAUAUUGCAAAUCUGUGCAAUAAAUGCUUUAUUUUCUGUA